AUGGCCGGUCAACCUUUUACACCCACCUCCACCUCCACAUCCACAUCCAACGGACCGUUCGCCUCUAGAUCGGAAUAUUGGCGCGAUGCGGUAUUCGGUAAACGCUCUCGACGACAGUUAGGCCUCUUCGCCGCCGGCCUGGGAUUCUUCGCCCUCUCUACAGUCAUAACCCGGCGCUCCCUCAUCCGGCGCCACAAAGCCAGUAUCCCACGCUUCUACCAGCCUAGCAACCGGGCCAAUUACGAUUUCAAUGGUGGCAUGGAGGCAUUCGAAGCGUUAAACAUAGCGACGAUAAAUGUGUUCAGUGUCGGCAUGAUGACGACCGGCGGGUUGCUAUGGGCGUUUGAUAUCGCGAGUUUAAGCGAUAUGCAGGCCAUGGUUAGGAGUAAGAUGUUCGCCGAGGGAAGCGCCGAGGAUAAAGCCGCGGAGAAGGAUAUUGAGCAGUGGUUUGUGAAUGCGUUCGACAGGAAGGAGUUCAAGCAUUUGCUCGAGGGCAGGGACCCGGCCGAGGUGGCGAAGGAGUUGGCAAAGGACGCCGCUGAAAAGAAGGACGCCUCGGAAAAGAAGACUGGUGAGGGAGAGGAGAAAUCAUAG